ACGUCACUUCCUCAACGUCAUCUCCGACACCCGCCAUCUUGCCCGGUCCACGCGGGAUAUUUCCGUUAUUUUGGCUUUAUUUAUCCACCCUGAGGCCAUUAUUUCCAUCGUUAGCCUCAGCGAGAGAUAAAAGAAGAUGGACCCAAAAAAGCAACAGCUGCCGCCCAAGGAAAAUGCGCUAUUUAAGCGGAUAUUGAAAUGUUAUGAACAGAAACAAUAUAAAAAUGGGCUCAAGUUUGCAAAGCAGAUUCUCGCCAACUUCUCAGAUCAUGGUGAAACGUUAGCAAUGAAAGGCCUUAUCUUGAAUUGUCUUGGGCGCAAAGAAGAUGCAUAUAAUUUUGUACGCCAAGGCUUACGCAACAAUCUGAAGAGUCACGUUUGUUGGCAUGUGUUUGGUCUUUUACAGCGUUCUGACAAAAAAUAUGAUGAAGCCAUCAAAUGUUACCGAAAUGCCCUUAAGUGGGACAAAGACAAUUUACAGAUCCUUCGAGAUCUGUCUUUACUUCAGAUUCAAAUGAGAGAUCUGGAAGGUUAUAAGGACACGCGGUACAAACUAUUUGAAUUACGCCACCAAGCCCGAGCAUCAUGGAUUGGUUAUGCCAUGUCUUUCCAUUUACUCAAGGACUAUGAUACAGCAUUAAGGAUAUUAGAAGAGUUUAGAAAAACUAUUCAGAAAACUACGUACGAUUAUGAAUACAGUGAAUUACUUCUGUAUCAAAAUCUUGUAAUACGGGAAAGUGCCAAUUUACAGGAAGCCUUGAAACACCUCAAUACCUAUGAACGCAAGAAAUUAUUUGUGAUAAAGGUCACUACUUCCAGGAAUUAAAGAGGUGAAUUAUUGGUGAAAUUAGAUAGAAAAGAUGAAGCUUCAGAAGUUUAUAGAGGUUUGAUAAAGCGUAAUCCGGAAAACCGUAACUACUACCUCAAUUUAGAAGAAUCCCUUGGCCUAUCCACAGUUGAAGAAAGAUUAAAAUUAUAUGAAGAGCUCAAAGAGAAAUUUCCCCGUGCUCAAGUGCCUAAACGAUUACCACUCAAUUAUGCCAAGGGGGAAACAUUAGAAAAACUUUUAGAUCCAUACUUGCGGGCAUCGUUACAAAAGGGUGUCCCACCAUUGUUCACAGAUAUACGGCCACUUUACAAUGACUCUGAGAGAGUACAGAUUAUUGAAAAACUCAUGAACCGUUACCUUAAAAACCUUGAAGAGACGGGACAUUUAUGUGAACAGAUAAACGAAUACAAAGAACCAGCGUCUAUAUUAUAUGUUUUGAUGUACCUGGCACAACAUUACAGCUAUUUAGGCGAUUCAGAGAAGGCAUUACAGUUAAUAGAUCGGGCAUUAGAUCAUACUCCAACUCUCAUAGAGUUGUAUAUAGUUAAAGGAAAAAUAUUAAAGCAUGCUGGUGACUUUGUGGGAGCAUAUGAGGCCUUACAGGAAGCCCAAACAUUAGAUACUGCUGAUAGAUACGUCAACUCGAAGGCUGCCUCUUACCUCCUUAAAGCUAACUUGGUUAGACAAGCAGAGGAAAUGUGUUCAAAAUUUACUAGGGAGGGAGUGUCAGCCAUGGAGAACCUCAAUGAAAUGCAGUGUAUGUGGUUCCAAACUGAGUGUGCACAGGCGUAUUACCGUUUGGGGCAAUUUGGGGACUCGUUACGAAAGUGCCACGAAGUAGACCGACAUUUCCAGGAGAUAAUCGAGGACCAAUUCGACUUCCACACAUACUGCAUGAGAAAGAUGACCUUGAGAUCUUACGUUGAGCUUCUUAGAUUAGAAGAUGUCUUGAGAAAUAAUAGGUUUUACUGGGAUGCAGCAAGGAUAGCAAUCACCACAUAUCUACAGUUGCACGACAAACCUUUGUCUGUAAAUACUGGAGAAAAUAAUAUUAAUACAGCAAAUAUGGACCCUGCGGAGCUCAAGAAACUUAGAUCUAAACAGCGUAAAGCAGCAAAAAAGGCUGAACAAAAUAAGGUUGAGGAAAAGAAGAAAGAGGAUAAGAAAUCAAAGACUGGUGGAAAUCCAGAUGACCACGAAAACACACCAGCAGAAGAUUUAGUACCAAGUAAAUUGGAGAGGACAGAAGAUCCUUUAAGUGAAGCCAUCCACUUUCUUAAACCUCUCCAGUCUCUCGCUUCUAACCGAAUUCAAACUCACCUUAUGGCCUUUGAAAUUUAUUUAAGAAAAUCUAAACCAUUGCUCAUGCUACAGGCAUUAAAACGGGCUAUAAAAUUGGAACCUACUCAUCCAGAACUUCAUACGUGUUUGGUCAGGUUUCUUAAGUUUAGAAAUGAAAAAAUGAUUGGCCAGAGUGGGGCUGUCGUAGACGUUAUCUCUAGAGAAGUAACAAGAUUACUUCCAACAACAGAUCCUACCACAUUGAAUGAAGAUUUUUUGAAUAGUCAUCAAGAUUCCAUCCCACAUAGAUUACAAGCUGCCAGAUCAAUGGUGCUCCUUGACAGCGUACAACGUGAGCGAGGCCUUACCAUUGCAACAGCUUUAGAUUCACACUUGUCAGGCAGUACUCACCAGAAUGCACAGUCAGUCCUUAAGUGGUUAGAAUCAAGUGAGUUUAAUGCUACUGCUGAGGAAAUUAGCCAUUACAAAAGCCAGUGCCACGAAGUAUUCCCAAGGGCGAGAGCCUUCUAUCCUCCUCAGCCAUCAACGACCGAGUCCAGCGACCCCUCUUCAACCUCCACAUCGCAAUCCACUUCCACCGCCAACCACAAUCAUGUUGACUCUCCUAGUAGCUGAGGCUCAUUAGUUAAUCUUAGACAAUGCAGAUUAAAGAAAAGGCAGGGUUUGAAUUAAUGUGACAAUGGGAACCCUCACUCAACACGUGUGGAGUGCGCUUGCUUGCUGAAUCAGACCCAGUUACCAUGUAUAGAAAAAGACUGUGAGAAAGAGAGAUUACUAUCUCAGAAGAAAGCAGUAAGUUACUCCCAACAAUGAAACAGCUGUUUAUCCUGGUGUAUUUAAACUUGGUGUUAACCAAGAUCAUACUAUUAUAAAUAUCAUGAGUAUUCCAUCUCAUGCUGUUCUCGCCACAUUUUAAUUAAUUCACAUUGAUUUUGGAAAAAACUGCUUUGUUAAAUAUUGGCGAAGUAUUUUUAUAUAUAUAUAUUAUAUAUAUAAUAACAUUUGAAAUCACCUCUGAACAUAGGAAAUCAUUGAACAUUAUGAAGUUCCUGUUUUAAAUGCUUAUAUUGAACAAUUACUUUAAAAAUGUGUAUUUAUUACCUGUAGAUAAUUUUUUCAUUAUCCUGAAUUGACAUUGCUUGUGUGGAGGCCCACCAAUCCAGAUAUGUGGAAAAAGGCAUCUGUGAAGGACACAACAAAAAUUGCCUUAGACCAUGUGAUGUCAGUGAUUAUCAAUUUUUCUUUCCCUUCUUUGGUCAAAAUUCUAAAAUAUUUCUUGAAACUAAGGCAGAGAAUGUACAGAAUUUUAGGUCUGCUGACCUUAGUUUUAUGAGAUUAUGCUGUUUAAAGCUGUGUGUGGUAUGUUCAUGAAAAAAUAAGUCAACCCAGAGUGAAGCUCCAUUACUGUGUAUGGCUGUUAUUUCAGGCUGAAAAUUUGUUUUUAAUUCCUUUAGAUUUGAGUAGGAGUGACCUUUAAUGGUGCGGUCCUUUGUUUUGUUUAGUGCACAUUGGAGGUUUCUUGUUGUUGGUGGCCGUUUUUCUAUGGUACAUUCCACAAUUAUUAGUUGAAUGUCAUCAUUAUUUUCACAAAAGACUACCAUUGAUUAUGUGCCUUUUAUUCCUCUUAUCUCUUCUCUUUUAUGUUGAAAGUGCCCAUGCCAAAGAACCUUAUGAUUGAGAGUUUCUCCUACAUAAAAUGAUUUUAGGAUGACAAAGAGAGUGCAAGUUCCCUCAUCUUUGUAUAGGUUUUGCCGUUAAUAUCCAUAAUCAAACCAGCAAAGGAAGUUUCCUCUUUUAACAACAUAUCUUAAGCUGUAAGGGAACUGUGUUUUUUAAUGAACUUCAUUGUUUUUUCAUGUACUGGAACUUUAAUUUGGAAAUAACUCUGGACAUCCCAAGUCUUCAAAUCAAACUGUUAUGCAGUGUCUUAACUCCACUGAACUUAAAUUCUUUUUAAAUGCUCAAGUAUUCCUUGCUCUCACUUGUGGUGUUUUAAGAAAUUGGACCAAUAACCCCUCCCUCAAUGUUCAUUUUUUGUACCUAACUUGCCAUGGAAAACAACGACAUUGGUGCGAUAAAGUAUUUGGCUGUCAUGACUGAUUCACUUCUCUUGCUAGUAUUGUAAAGCUUAAAACAUCAGUACAUAACCAUUGCUGCUCGUUUAAUGUAGUUAUUUGUGAUUGGUUUGCAUUGGAUAUCUUGCAGGAAGCCAGUAAAAUAGGCUAUUAAAUGUAUGUCAGAGAGAAGAUAUAUACAUUUGUACAAGCACAAAUUACAUAUUGUGAUAAUUGCUUAUGUACAUCUAUGAUGUAUGUUCACUGCGUAAUUUAAACCAGUUAAGCAGUAUUAACUGACACCAGAAACCAGCAUCAAUUUACUAGAUCUGGUUUAUGAAUAUACUAGGAUACAGCUUUGAUUAUUGUUUAAAUUUGCCUAGUACAGUACGUUACUUUCUCAAGACAAUGAAAGUAACAGUAAAUAUCAUGGAAGCCAAAGACUAUAUCCAAGAAUUCUAGUAAAGGUGGCUUAGGGAAGGUGUAAAGGCAAUGCAUUUAUUCAUAUGUCUAAUACUCGAGUCAUUUCGCAUUCAUUUGUAUUUUUUUUUUUUUUCUAUUGUAAUAAUUGGUCAUGCUUAUAAUUAAGAUACUUUAACAUUGUAAUUGUAAUACUAAGAUGGUAAAUUUUGCUGAAUUGCAAUAGUACAGAUUACUAAUUUUUAAAGCAAGUCAGGUUUUGCUUUGAUGCCACUGUUAUUAUUUCAUCUUUUUUUUAUUGCCAUUAUUUUUCACUUAAUUUAUCAGGCAAAGAAGUUCGGUUGUUGCUCUGAUGUGGUUCAGCUAGUCACAAAGGGGUGGUGUUUUCAAGUGCUUUAUUUGCUUAUAUUGAAUUGUAUAUAUUGGUUUAAUGCAACCUGGCAUUUGAAUCUUUAUUCAUCUGAGGUGUGCUGCAUCCGCAGCAACAGCUUCUCCAUUAGUAUUUCUGGUCACUGACAUUGGUUCCAUCAUAAAUGCCUUUGGUUUCCCAGCUUGCAGAAAUGUUGAUCAGUAGAGAAAUUCCUGUAUUCAUCCUUAGCAAUUGGAAUUUGUGAUGGAACUUGAAAAUUUAAACAAAAAUGUACUUUUCUUUAGAGAUGAGAUGAAGGGGAAUUGCCAAUUGUUUUUUCUCUUUACAGAAAAAUUAGGGUUAUAUAGGUUGUUGAAAUUUAUUUUAGGUGUAAUCUCUCUUUUUAUUUUCGUAAAGCCUCAGGUGAUCUAGGAAUGAAAUGGGCACAGACAGAAUGUACAUGGAUUGUUAUAUGAGCCGCCUGCCUGCAUACCACCCUAUUUUGAUACAUUUUACAGUGUCACUCUAUAUAGGCAGAGGACCCUAUAAAUGGGGACUUGAAAAUAAAUAUAAAUCCCUA